AUGAACGGUACUCCUCGACUUCGGUCUGCUUUCCCGCAGACACCACAAAGAACCCCGAAGAUCAGAGACUUGAGCUACUCCACAUCUAAAUCGAAGCCCCGGGAUUUGGAGCAGACGAAGUUUCCCACAAAGACACCCGCACAAGAUGCCAAUCGACCACUCAUACCGGUAGGGGUUAUAGAUGCCCCGUCGCAGCGACUUUAUAUUGCGGCUUUCUAUGUUGCUCUGAAUGCUUGGCGAGUAUAUGAGUCUUGGACGGCAUCUGAUGACUUGGACUCGACCUGGUUAUUCCUCAAAUGGGCUGCUGUCGAUGGUGUCUUUCUCUUCGGUCUACAGGCGUUGCGCAUCCCGUGGUUAGAAUGGGCUUUUCCCACUACACUUGCAAUCUUCAUCAUUCACGUCGUCGGCAAUGUAUUUCUGAUGUUUCGAAUCCCCAUACCGGUGGGGACAUGGAUCGCUGGCAUGGUCAAGUUGGCCUACGAUAGAGAGUUAUCCAUUUCUGAACGAAGUGUGAAGCCUGGUGAUAUCAUUCACAACGCAUCUCUUAUUUUGGGAAAGCAGAUCGUUCAUAUACUUCCAGAAGGUUCGGCUAUUCUAAACCCGGAUCAAGUACCACUGUGCAUCGACGCACAGAAAACUGCCAUCGAUUUGCCAAUUCGAAUCAAUCAAACAGAUCCUAUCCUUAUCGAGUUGUUACGUCUAGAUUAUGAGACCGGCGCGAAUGAAACGAUCGUCCUGUCGUCUAAACAGUUGAAGCAGAUGAAGAAGCAGGCAGAGAAAAGGCACCAAAGCUCGAGUUCGGACCUUCAUCGGGAUCUUCUCUAUUCAACUCGGCGACCGGGCAUAUAUCGCCUGCAGAGGGUAGUAGAUGAGUCUAACCUUGAUGUACACAUGCGCUCGUCUGAUGCUCUUGUCGUCUCUUGUCCCCGGGCGCUGGUUAAGAACUCGCACACUCAUAAAUGUCGAGGAGAACUGUCAAACCUGAUACUAGCGGUCGAAGGCACGCCGCCAUUGAAGAUCAAGUACAGCAGACAAGUGAAUCAACUUGACCGAGGAUUUUCGUUCCAAAACAUACAUCCCGAUAAUUUGCGCUCGCCAUUGUUGGGUCAGAGAAACUCUGGCAUCCUUUUCAAUUUCAGAGAACCCGAAGUCGCCUGGGCUCAAAGCCAAAUCAUUGAAGUUCCGUUGAAUGAGUCACUGAAUGUGGGCGGGGAGUGGCUCUACAGCAUUGAAGAGGUACAUGAUGGUGCAGGGAACAUCGCAAAUUAUUCAGCACUUCUGGAUGUAUUUGAUCGAUCCUCGACCAAGUCCCUAUCACAGUGGCAUCAGUUUUCGGUCCACGAGAGGCCCCGGUUGUCAUUGACUGGUUGCAAUGACCAGAGCUUCCUAGAGGUUGCACGUGGCGACAGCGUUGACCUUCCCUUAAACUACCAUCCUUCUGGUCAAGGUUACGGCAAUGAUGGGCCCUUUACUCUGAUAUACUCGUUCAGCAAUAGCGAUCAGGAAUUUCCAAGUGAACAGCCUAAUAAAGUUCGUCAACUCACAUUCAAAAGUCUUGACCAGAAGCCUCAGAUCAAGGAUCCGGGUUGGUACAGCCUGAACUCGGUUUCGAGCCAAUAUUGUUCUGGAGAAACGCUGGAACCCUCGUCUUGUUACCUGCGCAAUCCUCCGGAACCAGAGCUGGCUAUCAGGUAUGAGAAGAUCUUUGACAAAUGCGCUAAUAACCCUGUCGGUCUACUCGUUGAUCUGGACCUCACUGGAUCGCCACCUUUCCGGGUUCGAUAUGUUGUUGAACACUCGAAAGGCGUGGAGACAAGGUCCCAGACUAUUGACGGACUACGUGCUCAGCUGGAUUUUACCCCUUCAGAGGCAGGCGCCUAUCGUUACCGCUUCUUGGACAUCGCGGACACGGUCUACGCUCCGCAAUCUCUCAGGGACAAAGUACCAGUCCUAGAACAAGAUGUGAAACCUCCAGCUUCUGCUCAUUUCCUCGGGAACAAGGAGGUGCGCAAGGCUUGCUUUGGGGAGCCAGUGUCCGUAGACGUAGCCUUCUUGGGCGAAGCGCCAUGGACGCUGCAAUACGAGCUCGUCCACAACGGCAAGAAGACAAAGUAUUCCUUGGUCUCCGAGAGCGAAAUGGCCACAAUCGUGACAGAAAAGCUCGUCAGCGGCGGCGAGUAUGCUAUUGUGCUGACGGGCGUCAAGGAUCGUUCGAACUGCAAGCGGACUCUCAGGGACACUAUCAAGAUUGACGCUCGCUCGAAGCCCCCGCACGCAUCCUUCGGCCAGAUUGAAAAGAGUAGGAAGUACUUGGCUUUGCAGGACUCCAAGCUUGACAUUCCGGUCAGACUGAGUGGGGAGAGGCCAUGGAACGUCAGAUAUCGCAACUUGGACACCAAUUCCGCUGUUCUUGAGAAGACACUCUGGCAAGAAAACAGCGUGCUGACUGUCGCUCGAGAAGGGCGGUACGAACUCGUGGACGUUGCUGAUAGCUCCUGUCCUGGCUCUGUAGACCAGUCAGCCAGCAUCUUUGAGGUGUCCUGGAUACCUCGUCCUCAUAUCACGACAGUGGAUGGCUCUCCGGUUGGCGCCAAUGGCCACGUAACGAAGCGCGACGUUUGUCAAGGCGAAGAUGAUAGUCUCGAGCUUCGGCUGUCGGGUAACCCCCCAUAUGACAUACAGUACGAGCAGCAGCGCAAGACAUCUCGUGGUUCACCGUCAGUCAGGCUACAGAGUCUGAAGACAGCCCUUAAUGCUGUUUCCAUGGAAAUGGACACGUCGGAAGCUGGUUCCUAUACGUACAAAUUCACAGAAGUCGGCGACCAUCUCUACGACCAUGACCCUCGCAGCCGGCCGGUUGUCGUGACGCAAAGGGUAAAUCCCCUACCCUCUGCGCGGUUUGAUUCACCUGGUCGUAUCUACGGUUUCUGCAAAGAAGACAUAAGUGGUGAGGAAUUGAUACCCAUUACUUUGGAGGGCGUGCCGCCCUUUUCCCUCGAAAUCUCCAUCAAGCACCACUCGAAAGCCAAGCCAGAAAUUGUGUCGAUCCCAAAUAUCAAGUCCAACAGGCAUAAUCUGCCUAUUCCACGACGCCAUCUUGAAUUGGGCCAACAUGUCGUUAGUAUCCGCAAAGUGAGAGAUGCACGUGGAUGCCAGCAAGAAACCGAAUUCGACUCUUCUUCGGUGAGGGUCGCGGUUUCGGAUGUGCCCACCAUCAUCCCCCUGGAAUCAAAGACCGAUUAUUGUGUCGGCGAACGCCUUUCUUUCUCAUUGUCUGGCCACGCUCCAUUUGACGUGUUCUAUACUUUCGACGGUGCAUCCAAAAAGGCUACUUCCAAGACCACGAAUUUCCGUCGGAUCGCCGAGCGGCCAGGAGUCUUCACCAUCACCGCUGUAGGUGACGGCGCAAGUGGAAAAUGCAAGGCACACAAGAAUAUAACAAAGACAAUUCAUGAGAUGCCGAGUGUCAGAAUCAGCAAGGGCCAAGUCUCGGUUGUUGAUAUACACGAAGGAGGAGAGGCCGAACUUCAAUUUGAAUUCUGGGGCACACCACCAUUCGAAUUUACAUAUAUCCGGAGCUCGAAUACUCGAAGAGGCAGAAAGCCCGAGAUACUCGACAUCAAGCACGAUAUCUCUUAUGAGCACACAAAAAGCAUCAAAACAUCCGAUGAAGGCACCUAUGAAGUUGUCGCAAUCAAAGACAAAUACUGUUCGUUUUCUUCUCAGGAGUCGAUAGAGAAGACUGAGAAACCAAUGGCACGCCCCUGA